AUGGAUAGUAAAUCUACCAUUACCUCGAUACGCUGGUUGCCCCGAGCAGCUAUGAACAGCGGCAAUGUCGAGGCGGCUGAGUCGGCUCGGGACCAACGGAAGAAGCUUUUGGAGGAGCAACUACAGCAGAAUACACAGAGGGAUGAGGGUGAUGCUGAGGACGAUGCUACGAAGAGCAUUGAGAAAGAGUUCAACAUGGACGACUAUGACGAGGAGGUCGAGACGGAUCGAUUUGCCAACCUAUUCGUAGAGCUGGAUCAGGAUGCUCGGUUGACUAAGGAGAAGGAUCCUUACAUGACCGGAGAUGAUGAAGUUGGUAGCGAGGCUGGAUCUGAUGGUCCCGACGACUACUACACUAUCAAGGACAGUGACCUUAUGUUCGUGGCUGCCAAUGCUGAGGAUGAUGCUUGUAGCUUGGAGGUCUACUUGUAUGACACCAAGGAGGGCGGGAUGUAUGUCCAUCAUGAUCUACUGCUUACGUCGUACCCUCUAUGCACUGCUUGGCUGCCCAAGGUGGCUGGGUCUGCUAAGGGCUCGGAGUCCUUUCUUGCUGUUGGGACCUUUGACCAAUCUAUCGAUAUAUGGGAUGUGUCUUUGAUGGACUGCAUGGAGCCCACAGCUACACUGGGGGUAUGCAAGGCGGAGAUGAAAGGGAAGAACAAGAAGCGACGGAAUAAGAAGAAGAACGUUACUAAGAAUGCCAACGGCAUCUCCCCUCAAACCCACACCGGCCCGGUCAUGUGCUUGGAUGUGAGCCGAGUGGCCCCGACAGCCCUGGCCAGCGGUAGUGCUGAUGAGACCGUUAAAGUCUGGGACCUCACUACGGCCCAAGCUGUGUGCACCUUGGAGGAGGCCCAUAAUGGGAAGGUCCAGUGUGUAUCUUGGAGCUUGGACCAGGAUUCCAUACUGGCAUCUGCGGCCUAUGAUCGUACUGUAACUGUUAGUGACAUCAGGGCUGGCAAGGCAGUGGUCAAGGCAGCCCUACCCAAAGGAAGUGGUGAUCCUGAAGCGAUGCUGUGGCUGCGGAGUAACCCAAGUGAGCUUCUACUGUCUACUGAGCUCGGCCAUGUAUUAUGCUUUGACUCGAGGAAGGGAUCCCUGGACAAGCCUAUCUGGUCCAUGCAAGCCCAUGACGUUGCCUGUACUUCCAUUGCCGAUACGGCUGCUGCUGAGUGUGGCAUGUUGCUCACUUGUGGAGUGGAUGGUUAUGCUAAGGUGUGGGAUAUGGGGACGGGAAUCGCUGCUCCCAAGCUGGUCUAUCAACGCAACCUCGGGGUGGGUCCGCUCUUCCAGUGUCAGAGCUCUGAUGAUGAUCCUAACUACUGUGUCUUUGCUGGACAGGCUCCUGUACUAUGGGAUGUCACUGAUACUGGGCUCAUCUGUUCCGCCUUCCCGAAUCUUCCGGGUGCGCAAGAUGAAGAUGCGGGCAAGAGCGAGGUUCGUCGUGCGGAUCGUGAUGAGGACGACGACGACGAUGCGGCGGCUGCUGCAGCUGCGCCUCUUGAGGGGGAAGAAGACAUUGAUAUGGAAGAGGAAGGAUAAGCGUUGCUUGUCCCAGCAUCUACGUAUUUUACCACCC